AUGUCCGCACGUUCAAACUACCUCAUAAUCGGUGCCGGCAACUUCGGCGCCGCGACGGCCCUGUCGCUCGCGGCGCGGUCGCCAACUUCUAGCAUCACACUCGUGGACUCGGCCAUGUUCCCCAGCCCGAGGGCCGCGUCCCACGACAUCAACAAGAUCGUGCGCGACGAUUACCCACACCCGGUGUACAUGAAGCUCAUGCUCGAGGGCAUGAAGAAGUGGCGCUAUGAUCCCCUUUACAGCCCCUUCUACCACCAGACUGGCGCCAUGCGCGCCGAUCUCUCCAGCUUCAGCGAGGACUGCCUGGCUAUGUACCGGAAGCUCGGGGUCGAGACCGAGGCGGGCUGGAUCUCCGUGGACGAGGCGCGCAAUCGCUGGUCCCGCGUGUUCGCAUCCUCGAAUUUCGGCGAGCUGCAGCGGCUGUUCUGGAACCCCCGCGUGGGCUGGGCAGAAGCCGAGCAAGCCCUCGCCAGAGUCGUCGAGGAAGCGGUUACCAAGGGCGUCGAGUACAAAGUGGGCAGUGUAGCCAAGCUUCUCUUUGACGAAGGCGGUGCCUGCAUCGGCGCCCAGCUCGCCGACGGCUCCGAGAUUCGUGCUGAUGUAUGCCUUGUGGCGGCGGGCGCGGGCACGGCUCCGUUGCUCUACCGGAGCGCAUCAUCUAACAAGUCUCUACAUGUCGGAGAUCGCGCGGUUGCCACCGGCGCCAUGUCAUUCUUCGGACGGUGGGACACGGAGCGCCGCCAGAAGUUCCAAGACGUGCCCGUGCUGAAAGUGUCGGUCCCAGGUGUCAAAGGUGAGGCCAUGUCGUUGGCCAAAGACGGGGUCAUCAAGUUCAACUGCGACUUGUGUUUCACGAACCUGCAGAAACAAGACGACGGGACCGUCCUCUCCGUGCCGCCCGAUGGGGAGAGCCAAUUCACCUGGACCAAGGAGAUGCCUCAGAAGUUCAAAGAUAUCGCGCAGAGAACGCUCCACGGCCUGUAUGGCGAAAACGCAAACAACGUCGAAAUCGAGGGCUAUCGACUCUGCUGGGAUGCGUCGACGCCUACCCACGACUUCCUGAUCUCGGGACAUCCGCACAGUAAAAAUUUGUACAUCGCCACUGGGGGCUCGUUCCACGGCUGGAAGUUCCUCCCGGUCAUCGGCGACCACAUCGUCGACAUGAUGGAGGGCACGCUGGACACGACGCUGGCCGACCGGUGGGCCUUCGACAAGCCCCCGAGCUUCCCCGGCGAUAAGCCCAUGCCUAGUUAUGUCACCAGUGGCGACCUGGCCGAUUUCUUCCCAUGA